ACUUACCAACCAUAAACAAUAAUAGCAAAAAGAUAGAUAACCAAAUCUCCCGUACAAAGGGGGAAAGAGAUCCGACUAAUCACAAUCUCCACCUAACUACACUCCUUAGCUUCCUCCUCUAAUGGCCAACGAUGAAGAAACCAUCUCAGAACCAGCUGCAGAUCACGAUGCCAGCACUAAUAUCAAUGGGAUCGCCGCCGCCGGUUGUGAAGAAGGAGGAGCAGAAGAAGAAAUCGCCGUGGCAGUACCGGAUGACGACGGCGGCGGCAAUAAUGGAAAUCGGCGGUUCAGCAGGCGCGAGAUCGUCGGGGAGAUGAAGAAGCAGGCGGGGCUAGCGGGCCCACUCGUGUCGUUCAAUUUCCUGACGUAUCUGUUACAAGUGAUCUCCGUGAUGUUCGUCGGCCACCUCGGCGAGUUGCCCCUCGCCGGCGCUUCCCUCGCCACUUCUUUCGCUUCCGUCACCAGCUUGACUCUCUUGAGAGGAAUGGCGAGUGCACUGGAGACGCUAUGCGGGCAAUCCUACGGCGCCAAGCAGUACCACGCCCUCGGCAUCCACCUCCAGCGCGCCAUGAUCGUCCUCCUCCUCGCCGCCGUCCCGCUCUCCCUCCUCUCCUUCUUCGCCGGCGACAUCCUCCUCCUCCUCCGCCAGGACCCAGAAAUCUCCGCCGAGGCCGGGCGGUACGCGAAAUUCAUCAUCCCGACCAUCUUCGGGUUCGCCGUCCUCGAGUCCCACGUCCGCUUCCUGCAGUCCCAAAACAACGUGGUCCCCCUCAUGGUCACGACCGGAGCCACCACGCUGCUCCACGUGUUGCUCUGCUGGGCGCUGGUGUUCAAGUCCGGGCUCGGGUACCGAGGGGCCGCGCUGGCAAAUGCGGUGUCGUAUUGGGUGGAUGCGGUGUCGCUGUUCGUGUACGUGAGGGUGGCGGAUUCGUGUAAGAGGACGUGGAGGGGUUGGUCGAAGGAGGCGUGGAGUGGGAUUCCUGGGUUUGUGAGGCUGGCGGUUCCGUCGGCUGUGAUGCUGAGCUUGGAGGUUUGGUCGUUUGAGAUGAUGGUUCUGCUCGGCGGGUUGCUUCCCGAUCCCAAGCUCGAGACCUCCGUUCUCUCCAUCAGCUUCAACAUAUCUGCUAUGAUUUACAUGCUACCGCUUGGGAUUGGAGCUGCAGUGAGCACGAGGGUGUCGAACGAGCUCGGGAACGGGAGGCCGAGGGCAGCUCGCCUCGCCGUCUGCGUCGCGUUCGCCAUGGUGACGGUGGAAGCGAUCUCGGUCGGGAUCGUGUUGGUCGCCGGCCGGAAUGUUUGGGGUCACCUGUACAGCAAGGAAAAUAGAGUGGUGAGAUACGUGGGAGAGAUACUGUUGCUGACGGCAGGUUUCCACUUGUUCGAUGCCGUUCAGUCUGUGUUUUCUGGGACUUGGAGGGGAUGUGGAAGGCAGAAGCUGGGUGCUUUUGUGAAUCUUGGUGCUUACUAUCUGCUGGGAGUUCCAUGCUCCAUUGUCCUGGCUUUUGUCUACCAUAAGGGAGGGAAGGGUCUUUGGAUAGGGCUCACUGUGGCAGUGUUUUCCCAAGCAAUGUUGAUGGGUAUAUUGACAGUCAGAACUAAUUGGGAGAAAGAGAGAGUUCAAGGGAUUGCGGUCGAACCCGAGCCCAACUGGAGCUUCGAGUCUCUGUUGUCGGAGCUUGAUUCGCUCGAGAAGAAGCUUAGUUCGUCGGCCAAUUUCCCGGUACCCUUUACUAAAAAUCAAUCUCGGGGAUAUCCAAAUGGGAAAACUGUGGAGAGGCUUUCAGUGGCAUUCUCCAUGAGAAUAUCUGAGGAGGAGCUGGAAGUUUCUGAUGGCGAGGAGGAUGAUAGUCGAGCUUUAGUAGUGGCGAAACGGUUCAAUUUAGAUGAUGUUGAUGCAAGAGAGAAUGAUGAAUCUGAUCAGGAGUUUGGUGCUCUUGAUGUUCAACCCUAUCUAAUGGAUGAAGUUGGGUUGGUAGAAGCUGCGUUGUUUGAGCGGAUUCAUGAACAUCAACUUGAAGUAAAGGAGGGGAUUAGAAGCCAACUAUCGACAUUGGAGUUGGAUUUAAUAAGCAAAAAUCAAAAGGAUGCUUCAGCAUUUGCUCGUAUAGACAAGUAUAGUGAAGCGAGAAGGGAAACAGACCGGAAGCUCGACACCUUGUACCAGCGUAACAUUGCAGAAGCACUAGAUGAUCACUUGACUGCUAUCCAGCGGGAUCAUGAAAUCAAGUCCCAGAUGGAAGAAAGAAGAAUAAGGAUUGAUGCAGAAGAGGCAAAGAGAAAGGAAAAGGCUGUUCAAGAAGAGAGACUACGUCAAGAAAGAGCCAGAGAAGAAGCCGAGGCUAAACGUAGAGCUGAGGAAGCUAGAAUAGCUGCACUAGAAGCAGAGAAGAAAGCAAAAGAGGAAGCAGCUAAAAGGGAAGCUUUGAAAACUGUUGUCUCAUCUGAGCAGACUAAUGCCACUGCAGUUAAUACACCUCCAAAUCAGGAUUCACAGUCCCAGGCAUCAAAAUCCAAUACCACAAAAGCAUCACAGUCUGCAGGUGAUAUUGUGAGAGCUUCUGCUUCAGCUCUUUCUCUGGAACAGGGAAGGCUGCAGAAGCUUAGAGAGCUUGAAGACCAAAAUCAGUCUCUCAUGUCAAUGUCCAAUAUGAACCUUGGCCAGCAUACCCGGCCAAUUGGUAGACUGAUAAGACAGAUAAGGGGGAUAGAAGAAAACGUAAGAACAAAAGCAAGUGAACUUCUAAAGAUCUUCAAGAAUCCUGCAUGCCCAGAGUCCAUCACCAUUGCAGCAUUUGCGAAGAAGGCUGUUGAACAUUGUGAAAACCCUGACAAUGCCGCUUUUGCAUCUGCUCAAGUAAUAGUUCUCAUCACUUCACAGGUCCCAUAUGCAAUGGAUCUGAUAUUGGCCGAGUUCCAUAAAGCUUGUAUAUACACUGUCCCGAAGCAUAUAGCAUACUCAAAGGCUGCGUUCAGCUCUAAAGAGGCUUAUUACAAAGAACAGCUUGGGUUUAAGGAAGAUGGCGGGCAACUCGAGAGUGUCAAAGAUUACUUAAAACGCAUGGAAGCUUACAUGAGAUUGUACGGAGCUCUGGUUCAGACUGAAACAGUCCGUGGUAUCGAGAACCCUCACGGCCCAGCAGCAGGCUGGUCGUGGCUCGCCAGAUUUCUAAACGCUCUCCCAGCCAAUUCAUUCACCGCAGUAGCACUGAAUGCAUUCCUCCAAACAGCUGGGUUUGUUCUGUAUAGGAAGUACAAGUCCCAGUUUGCGAAGCUGCUGCACAUGGUCUCGAGUCACUUCCUGAACGCGCUGAAAACUCGCAAUGAUCCUGACCUAAGGCCUAUAAUCACGGAGAUCGAGUCGUACAUUCAAGACAAGAGUUUCCUAAAAGAGCCAGAAGGGAGGAGGAUGGAAGGGAAGCCCUUGCUCUCGAGCCAAAUGCCUUCUGAACCCGAGUACAACCAGUACAACCAAUACAACAACACUUACCGGCGUUAAACAUCAUAAUCUGUCAUUGUCCUGAAGGUGGAGAAACCUCAUCGUGAUGUCUUGGCUUGAUGUACUCUCCCUGUUUAAGGAAUGCUGCGGUGGUUUCAUAUUUUUUUUCUUUAUAAGCUUGGCUCAAUGCCAUGGACCAUCGAAUAAAACUGAUUAGAGCUAUAGUAACAAAAUGGACAUGAUUACGGUUCUUUCAUCUCAUCUAAAAUUCUGUCAAAUAUUUUGCCAAUUUUUCACUUCGUUAAGAAAAUUGAAUAAAAAACAAAUAA